AGUCUCCCCACAGACGUGACGCGGAGCGCACGUCUCUCUCGUGAACGAUAUUUUUUUUAUAUUUCAUCUCAAUAGUGUUGUGUUUCGUGGUGAUUGUGACCGCAGUUGCGAAGUGCAGAGGAUGUCAGUUGUUCCAGUGAUAAAUAUAUAGUUUGUUUUAUGUGUACGUUCAUUGUGUCGAUACCGUUGCGUUUCGCUCCAGCGAUUCGGUUAAUAACUUGGAUCUACAGUAACUGUGUCAUAGCCUGACUAAGAUUUAAUACCGUGAAAAGGUGUACGUAGUAUGAACAGUGAUGAAAGUUUUCUAUAUUGAACUAAAGUGAUAAUUAUAAUGGUACACUGACGAACAUGGAGAGGAAGUUGACUCGAGAGGACUUUAUGAGGAAGAGCUUCCGAGCUCCCAGGGUAUCGCCGGCCCCUGAAGGCCAGGCCACGGUUAACGGAGCCCCACCGCCCUCUCCCGUGUCGCUAGCCAUGUUGGAAAGGACCCCACAACCGCAGCGUGCCCAAUACGAGGUCACGACUACGGGAAUAGCUCCCAAGCGCUUGGAACUCAACAGAGCGCAUCCCAUACAUCUCAAAUCUUUUCAAGCCGAUCCAGAUGAAACCGGUCCCACUCCACCGUCAGACGACGUCCUCAGAAAGCUGGAGCGGCAAAUCGGUGAAAUGGAACGCGGCCUUGAGAGAGCGCAGAACGGAAACGUAGAAGUGGAUGAAAGAGUGCGCUACGCUGAACACGAGAACCUUCUACGCACCGGAGUGUCUUCUGUGGGCGGCGGGGGAUACUUGCCCGCAGAUUCUGAUACAGAACACGACGUAGCACCAUUCAAUAGAAAUGAAACGACCCGUAGCAGCACGGGUGCGGCCGCUCCCGCACCCAGGCCGGCUACGAGGCUGGCUCGAACGAACUCCGAUACGCAGCAGCAUUCCGUGGCUGCCACUGCCCGUUUGAUGCGAAAACUGGCCGACGGAGGUACGAAGGACGAGAAGACCAAGGUCAUGUCCAGGAAGGCGAUUCAAGCGAGAAUGGAGCAGGUCAAGCGAUCCGUUGUGGGAACGAAACAUGAGCACAGAGUGUUGGCCGAGGCGAGGGCCGAGCCGGCGGCCAGCAAGGCGCCCACGUCGCCCGUCUCGACACGUUCUACUCCGCAGAGCGCCUCCGAGACAUCGGCCGGCGCCGGCGGCGGCGCCUCGUCGGGAUGCGGCUCGCGGGUGUCCUCGAGAUCGCGCACCUCCGAGGAGCCGCACAUCGGCAAGUACAAACUGCUCAAGACGAUAGGCAAAGGGAACUUCGCCAAAGUGAAACUGGCCAAGCACGUGCCGACCGGCAAGGAGGUCGCGAUCAAAAUCAUCGACAAGACUCAACUCAACCCUGGCUCGCUGCAGAAGUUGUUUAGAGAGGUUCGGAUAAUGAAAAUGCUGGAUCACCCAAACAUAGUGAAACUCUUCCAAGUGAUAGAAACGGAAAAGACGCUAUAUUUGGUCAUGGAGUACGCUUCCGGCGGUGAGGUGUUCGACUAUCUAGUGCUGCACGGGCGUAUGAAAGAGAAGGAGGCGCGCGCGAAGUUCAGACAGAUCGUCUCGGCGGUGCAGUACUGCCAUCAGAAGCGGAUAAUACACAGGGACCUUAAGGCGGAAAACCUCUUGCUGGACGGCGAAAUGAACAUAAAGAUUGCCGACUUCGGUUUCUCCAACGAGUUCACGCCGGGCGCCAAGUUGGACACCUUCUGCGGGUCACCGCCUUACGCGGCGCCUGAGCUGUUCCAAGGCAAGAAGUACGACGGCCCCGAAGUGGACGUGUGGUCGCUCGGCGUCAUACUGUACACGCUCGUGUCCGGCUCGCUGCCCUUCGACGGCUCCACGCUGCGCGAGCUGCGCGAGCGCGUGCUGCGCGGCAAGUACAGAAUACCGUUCUACAUGUCGACCGACUGCGAGAACCUGCUGAAGAAGUUCCUGGUGCUGAACCCGGCCAAGCGCGCCUCGCUCGAGAGCAUCAUGCGCGACAAGUGGAUGAACACCGGCUACGAGGACGACGAGCUGCGGCCCUACGUCGAGCCGCAGCAGGACUUCAAGGAUCACAAGCGGAUAGCGCAAGUCGAGGCGCUAGUCUGUUUGGGCUACAACAGACAAGAGAUUGAAUAUUCGUUGGCGGAGGCGAAAUACGAUGAUGUCUUCGCAACGUAUUUGUUGCUCGGCAGAAAGAGUACCGAUCCGGAGUCGGACGGCAGCAGGUCGGGCUCGUCGCUGUCGCUGCGCAACGCGGCCGCGCCGCCGCCCGCCGCGACGCAGCCGCCCGGCGCGCACGCAGGGCCCGGCGGCUGCGGCUCGCCGUCGCACCGCGGCGUGCAGCGCAGCAUCUCGGCGAGCGCGCGCCCCGCCGCGUCGCGCCGCGCCUCCUCCGGCGCUGAGGUGCUGCGCGCGCAAGUGGGCACCACUACGAGCGCUACGAAUAACACAACCUCAACCGCCACCACGACAACGUCCAAUUUUAAAAGACAGAACACAAUCGACUCGGCGUCUAUUAAAGAGAACACAGCACGUAUAGCGCAGAUGCAGGUGCAGGGCUCGCGGCCGACGUCGGCGGCGCCCAAGCUGGAGGCGCGCGCGCGCACGCUCACCGCGCAGCCGCGCCGCGCGCACUACGACGCGCCCGCCAAGCUCUCGCCGCCGCACGACGCGCCCGGCGCGGCGCAGGCGGACGGCAAGGGCGCGGCGGGCGCCAACGGGUCGGGCGCCGCGAGCGGGCCGCCCGCCGCCGCGACCAAGACGCACGUGAAGAGCGCGUCGAUAUCGUCCAGCGCGGGCGUGCAGCCGCUCGCCGAGGCGCCGCACAACGCGUCCGCGCGCGACCUCGCCACCAGACAGAGCGUGAACUCGUCCCUGACGCCUGUGUCGGGCGGCGCGGGCGGCGCGGGCGGGGCGGGCGGCGCGGGGGGCGCGGCCGCGCGCCGCGACUUCCCCAACCCGCUCGUGUUCCCCAGGAACGUGCCCUCGCGGUCCACCUUCCAUUCCGGUCAGACGCGGUCGCGCGGCGGCAGCGCGGGCGGCGCGUACGGCGACGGCGGCUCGCCGCACCAGGCGCGCCCGUCCUUCUUCAGCAAGCUCUCCUCGAGGUUCUCCAAACGGUUGAAUCAGAACCCGUGAGGCGUUGCCGCGUCGUCGAGGCGACGUUGCCGGCGUAGCAAAGGAAAAUAUCAUGUGCAAAAUUGUUAUGCUUAAUUUAUGGUUACGUGUGGUUGUUGCUGUUCAGUGAUUCAAUGAAGAGUUUUCUUCUUUUUAUUUUAAUAUCACGAAACAUACCUUUUUGAUGAAAACGGAUAGCAGUUUCGUGACCAUGUAUGUCUCCAUAACUGAUUUAUUGAAUUUUUUACGGUCUUUUUUCCUAUUAAAAGAUUUUUUUUUCAUUUUCGCACUUCAUACAAAAGAAGCGAUGAAAUUUCAAGUAUUACUAGAGUUAUUGCAUGUUUCUGUUUCGUAAAUGCGUUGAAUUAUAUAGAUUGACCUUUAUUACACGUGCAAUAAAGUACACAAUUGAAGUGCGGUAAAGUGAGAGCCAUCAUUUAGUGCGCUGAACAGGAACAUUUUUUUUUUAUAGUAUAUAGAUUUGUUUAUAAAGAGAGGAAAUUGUUAACAAUUUUUUAUAUCUAGGUGUAAGACGAAUGUGUGAACAACCCAUGAGAGUUCGGAUGGCGGUUUUCAUUAAUUUUUUUUUUUUAAUUGUCGCGACGACAUUUUUGACUACAUGUUAUAUUAUUAGAACGUAAUUAGUCAGUUUUGAACGUCUGGUAAUAAAAAAUGGAAAUUUUAUAUAUUUUUUUAUUAUAUGCUUUGUCAUGAAAAAAAAAGUGCAUUUUCUUUUAUUGAUUGUCGAUCUUCUACUGAUAUUUUUGUCAUGUCACAACAUCAAAAAAAAAAAAAUUAAAAUUAAUUACGAGUGAAAAUAAAACGGUUCUAAUGAUAUAAUAUGUAGCAGAAAUCUAGUCCCGUCGCGUGUCGCAUUUCAUCGUAGCUCUUAAGGAAUUCGAGUUUUAGAAAACGAAUUUUUAACAUUCCAGGGUUAUGUUUAGUUCACAAUACAAGCACAAAUCAUAUUUGUAUGAUUCAUAGAGGAUAAUUUUAUGAUUUUUCGCGCGUCGAAGUGUUAUCGAGACAGUGGCAAGUUGACUGAGCGGUUAGUGUUUAUUAUAUUAAUAUUUGAAAUAGUACUUUCUUUUUUGUAGGUAUUAUUUCACUGUGAUGUAAAUUCAUUUUCUUUUGCACUCCUAAAAUGUUGACUGAGAUUCGAAUUCAACAGAAUAUGUAAGCUGUAUAAUAUGUCAUUCUGACGUCUAAAUGUGACACGAACGACCAGUUCAUGUUUUGACGUCGGUAGUUUUUUUUUAAUCCUACGAAAAGGUUGAGGUUUUUUUUUUGUUGAAUUUGGAACUUUGUAGUAGAACUCGAUUGGGGCGAGACAAGGAAGUUUUGAAUUUGUCUAGCGUCGACUCUAUCGCACGUUUCCAGUGAAGCGCGCAAAGAUGGCGCCGCGCAAAUUUAAAAUUCGAACCUCGUAACAGAUAACAAAAAGUUAGAUAACAUAAUAGUUAACAGAUGACUGCAUCGGACUUACGUAGACUAUAUCUAUAUUUUUAAAUAGUAAAAGUUUUGAGUGAGAUAGCGGUAUGUAGUGUUAAGACGACGUGGCCCAAUAUUGGUACAAAUACUCAGUAGGUAUUUACACAUAAGAAAUGCUUGAGGACAGCCCCGAUUUAUUUUCCUAUAUACCUAGUUUUGGGCCGAAUAGAAUUAUAAUAUAUAUAUUUUUUUCCCGUUUGAUUGAGAAUAAUUUUUUUUUUAUAAUACGUAAUUAUUUUGAAGAUCAUUAACAUUAAUGAUUUACAUAUUGAUUUUUUUUUUUGGUUGAUUGAUAAAAUCGAAAUAUUUUUUUUUUUUAAUAACGCUAUUUUUUGGAGAUCAAAAACUGAUAUUGUAAUCUUUUUAAUGCUUAAUCUCUUAAUAGGGCGAAUAAAGCAAAAGAUAUUUAAAACCUAUUUUCGUCUAAAUUAUUUUUUGAUUGUGAAAAAGCGUAUAAAAAAAAAUUCUAAUAUUUUUUUGUGUAUUUUCCUCAGUAUUGUGCUUACCAUUUUAGGUAGCGAUAUAUUUUCAAUCAAUGUACAUAUAAAGUACGUGUAAUAAAAUUUUGUGAAUGGACAACUUUAUAGGUAUAUAUAAGAUUAUCAUUUAAGGUAUCUUGUACAUAAAAAAAAUAUACAUAUAUAUCAUCGUAACUCUUUAUUAUAAUAAAAACUUUAACCGUAAGAAUGAAUACUUGGUUUCGAUGUUUAAUUAUCUUAUUAUUAUUUAAUACACUAAUUCACUGAUUAUCCGUUUCGCUUGCGGUGUAUAUUUUUUUCAUGACGCAUAAAUUGUUGAUCAGAUUUAUGUGAAAACCGGGGUGCUUUUUGGUUUAAAAAAAAAAAUAUGAUUAUGUAUUCAUGGAAGUAUUUAAAUUUUGAUCUUAAAAUUAUGAUUGAUUUGUAUUAGGCAACUUUUUUUGAUGUUUGAAUUAUCAUUAGUGGUAUAAUAUAUGUUUUUUUUUUAUUUUUUACGGAAUUUCGUAUUUCAACUGCAACAGAGUGUCCGCACGCAUAUUCAUUUUGUUUUUUUUUUUUCAAUGGUUAUAAUAUUUUAAGUUCAAUGGAAAUCACAUUCGAGUUUUUGUUUCGAUCCGUCCGUCAGACUGUCCAAGAUUUUGUGAUCCAGCAGAAAGAUCUUUAAUUUGUGUGUUCUUAUGUGAAAUGGCGGGAAUUCACUAGUGACAGUUUAUAUUUAUGUGCAUUGUCAUUUAGUGUACGAAAAUAUAAUAGAGAACAACAGAAAACAAAUAAUUUUGGGUAGAUGCUGUUAAUUUGUUUAAAAGAAAAAAUAAGAUAAGGUGUUAAUGAGGGCUGAGUUUUAAACUUUUUCAGACGCAGGUAAUUAGUACUUAGGGAGAAGGUGUCGCGAUGGUGAUUUAUUUGUCUCGGUACUCUUUCUCCCUCUGGUUGACGCGAUUUUUAAAUGACAGAAAGUGAUGGAUAUCAUAUUAAGUAAUGACGCCGUAUCGAGUUUCAGCUAUUCGUACACAAGAACACACAAGUUAAGAACAAAUUCAACACGGCUAUGACUAAUUUACUAUAUCUAUACGAACAUUAACAUUUAAAAAUUGUAACACGGCUUCUUUUAUAAUUUGCAUUUAGCUGUUUUAUAUUGUGAUUUGUUAAUUUCACAGUUGCGAUUUGUAUCAAAACGUAUGAGGGAAAAAGAAAUAAAAAUAAUUGUUUUUCCUUUGUUUUUUUUUUAUUAUUUAAAUCGUGAUUGUGGAAUCGUAAAUGCAGACGGUUUGUAAAGCAAUAUAAUGUAUGAAUGUGUAACUCAGAAUAAUCAGUUUUUUUUUGGAAUA